AUCAACAUGUUGAACAAAAGUCUUACAUUAAUUGUUGUGAUUAUGCAGUUUAUAGCCAGCGUGCUUCUUAGUUUCCUAGUUCUUGGGUGUAUCGAUACUUCCAAGAGGUAUUCAGAUAACUUUCUACUCCAAUACCAAUUCAAUAAUACUUCGCCGUUAUUCCAGCACCUUAAUACCACAGGCAAUUCAACAAUCUCAAAAACUGAUGCAUUUAGGGACAUUAAAGUUAGCGUUAGCUACUACGGGGUCUGUCUCAAACUAACCAAGGGCCAAUUUAACUGUACCAACUACAACAGUUUGCGUCUGUUUCCAGAUUACUCAAUUGCAGUAGUGAACAAGACCAAACUUGACUUGGUCCAAUUAGCCCAUAGGUUCCUGAGUGUCUGUCAUCCCAAGGUUCUUCUUGCUACUAUUCUCCUUUCACUAGUUGCGCUUCUUCUUCUUUGCUAUGUGGUGAUUCCAUCUUUACCAGGGAAGUUCCAGUUGAAGAAAGGGUUGGUGGGAUUAACUGGGUUCACAGCUAUGUUUUGGGGCAUAGGUGCAAUGUUACAACAUCAAGCAGUUAGUGCAAGUACUGUUAUAAUAAGAGAAGGUAGUAUGGGGUUAAUAAAAACCGAGAUAGGCAAACGGGCAGAGUCAAUUACAUGGGUUUCAUUUGGGUUGGAUAUCUUGGUCUUUGGCGGAGUUAUGGUUGACUUUGUGACUGAGUAUAAGUCGAGGAGAGUCUCUGGACCACCAGCGAUGUUUGCUCCGGGAAAGGUGUAG